AAAUUGCACGAAAAGUAGUUCAAAAGUUGUGGCGGAGCCAAGAAUCUGAAUGAGCGGGGCUGAUUUGAAUAAUCGUUAUAAUUAGGGGGGGUGGUGUUAAGGCCUUACCGACUACUCUAUUUCUUAAAUUUAUUACGAAAUAUACAUGUAAUUUUACCUAUAUUUCAAAUUUGAGGGGAAUAUAACCCCUCAUGAUUUCUAUCUAACUCCUCUGCUGUUUAAAAGUUCGAACUGAUAGUUAAAAAAGAUUUACAUUCAUGAGCAUACAUAUUACAUGGAGUUUAGUCCGCGUUAUAUCAAUAAGUAUCUUGUUCUUCAAAGAGAAUAAGUAUCAUGCUCUCAUGGAACAUUUUAUUCCAUAAAAUAUCAUAUUUCACUUCAAACCAAGUUUUAUUUUUUAUUUUUAUAAAUGUUUCACUUUCUCAAACUGGAAAUUGAUUCGUUUGCUGACCGGAAAAAAAACGAAACAUCACAGUCCUCUUCGAUUCGUUCGCCGCUUCUCAGGUUACCAGGCAAGGUCGCCGUCAUCACAGGCGGCGCAAGAGGGAUCGGCGCCGGAACGGCCAAGCUCUUCGCCGCCAACGGCGCCCACGUCGUGAUCGCCGACGUCCUCGACGACAUCGGAGCCGCUCUAGCAGUCUCCAUCGGCGGCCGAUACAUCCACUGCGACGUCACCCUCGAAUCCGACGUGGAGGCCGCCGUGAACCUCGCCGUCACCUGGAAGGGCAAAAUCGACAUCAUGUUCAACAACGCCGGAAUCCCGGGCCGCGACGGCAGCAUCACAAACCUAGACCCCGGCGACACCAAUCGAAUCCUGGCCGUCAAUCUCCAGGGCGUGCUGAACGGGAUCAAGCACGCCGCCAGAUCCAUGAUCCGGACGGGCACCCGGGGGUCGAUCAUCUGCGCGGCGAGCUCCGCGGCGGUGAUGGGCGGAUUGGGGUCGCACGGCUACACGGCGUCGAAGGGGGCGGUGGUGGCGGCGGCGAGGAGCAGCGCGUGCGAAUUGGGGGAGUACGGGAUCCGGGUGAAUUGCAUAUCGGCGCACGGGGUGCCGUCGGAGAUGCUGGUGGGAGCGUUCCGGCGGAUUCUGGGGAGGGCGGAGAUGGCGGCGGAGGAGGUGGCGGAGAUUGUUGGGGAAAGGGGGAGUUUGGUGAAGGGCAGAGGAGGGAAGGUGGAGGAUGUUGCAUACGGCGCCGUUUUCCUGGCGAGUGAGGAGGAGGCUGGGUUUGUUACUGGGCAUAACCUUGUGAUUGAUGGUGGGUAUACUUGUGCUGAUGGGAACAUGAGCUUCAUUUACAAGGAGGAUUAAUAAUUGAUUGAAGGGUUGAUUUAGAUUAAUGAGAGA